AUGGGUCGUACCGUCGACCAGGAAGUUCACGCGGCGUUCGUCGAGUUCCGCGCCAAGGAAGACGAUAAGUGUCUCUCCGUCCAGUGCAUCUACUGCCAGCAGAUCCGCGCAAAGAAUACCUCACGUCAGAAGCAGCACCUACUCGAGUGCCCUGGUCUCCGCGGCCAUACCAACCCCUCGGCUCAGUCCCAGUCCGCCCAGUCCGCCCCGAACGGUAUCACCGCCAAUGGUUAUCCACCCACUCCCAAUGGCGCUGCUGCCACAGCUCCUGGUGCUGGUCCUGGCCCGGGUGCCAUGCAGACCCCAAAUGGUCCUAUAAUGUCGAAUGGGGUCACCCCCCAUGCGACGUCGAUGCAGACACCGCUGCAGAAUAUGCAGGGUCGCGCUUCUUUGCCCACGUCGGGCCCUGCCGGGGGCGCCGCAUCUACAACCGCCUCACAACAGGCCUCACGCCCUACUCCUAAAUCCAAACCGAAGACUUCCACCUCAAGUCUUCCAGCUCCGCCAUUGGACGACGUCCAUGCGGCAUUUGUCGAGUUUCGCGCGAAGGAGGAGGACAAGUGCUUGUCGGUGCAAUGCAUCUACUGCCAGCAGGUCCGUGCGAAGAACACUAGCCGACAGCGUCAGCACCUGUUGGAGUGUCCGACCUAUCUCAGUGUGAUGAAAGACUCGAUUCCCGCUAACAACCUUCUUCACACUUUCCCUGAAGGCGAUGUUGCUCGCUCACUGCAGAUUCCCGCGCCCUCCCUCGAACUCGAUUUCCGGAUGAGUAUCAAGAUGAACCCCAGAGUUUCCGUUGGUCAAAGUAUCUGGGGUCAGAGAGACUGGGUCACGUUCAUUGGUGGCCAGUGGGCUGGUAGAUGGGGCAAGGGCGUAAUCUUGCCGGGAGGACAGGAUUCCCAGAUCGUCACCAAAGAGUCCACCACCAGCCUCCGUGCGAGCUACAUGCUUCAGACGGCCGACGAUCCGCCAGCGUACAUCAUUGUGAAGACCAGCGGAUGGCUCACGGGUGCGAAGGACAUUCUAGACAAGGUUAAUGACCCGAAUAUGGCCGACGCAAUCAAUCCUAAUACCUACAAGUACCGGGUCAAUCUUUCCAUGGAAACAGGGGACGAACGCUAUGCAUUCUUGAACACUUUAAUGUGGAUUGGCAGCGGCUGCCGUAGGGGCCACGAAGGCUAG